AUGUUCACCGGACUUGUCGAAACGAUCGGCACUGUUACCGAACUCAACUCCCUCGACAGUACCUCCUCGGGCGGCGGCGGAACCUCUCUCACCAUUUCCAACUGCGCCGACAUCCUCGGCGAUGCACACCUCGGCGAUUCCAUCUCUGUCAAUGGCACAUGCCUGACCAUCACGGAAUUCAACAACCAGGGAGACAAGUCGACAUGGUACUUCAAGAUCGGUGCUGCGCCAGAGACUUUACGUCGCACGAACCUGGGUUCGCUGAAGCAGGGCUCGAAAGUAAAUCUAGAACGAGCAGUCAGCGCGGACACACGUAUGGGAGGUCAUUUUGUGCAAGGGCAUGUCGACACGAUAGCCGAAAUAGUCAAGCUUACGCCAGAUGGAAACGCGAAAACGUUCCGGUUGAAGCCACGAUUGCACGAGGGCAGCGAGAGCAUACUGAAAUACGUCGUCGAGAAAGGCUAUGUCACGCUUGAUGGUGCGAGUUUGACAGUGACGAGCGUCAAUGAUGCGGAGGGCUGGUUUGAGAUCAUGCUUAUCGCCUAUACUCAGGAGAAGGUUGUCACGGCGCAAAAGAAGGAAGGUGAAGACGUGAAUGUCGAGGUUGAUCAAGUCGGGAAAUAUGUCGAGAAGAGCGUUGUUGGCUAUCUCGAGCAGAAUCAAUCUGGUGCUCCUGCCAUAUUAGAAAAGAUGGUGAGUAGGAUAGUGGAAGAAAAGUUGAAAGCCCUCAAAGGCCAGUAA